AAGAAAUGAUCUAAGCACAUUUGCUCACCCCUCGGCGAAAUUAGAAUUUUAGAUCAGUUUCCACAGCGUUGAAAUAUUUCAUCUAAAUAGCGUAAAUAAGAUUGACAGAUCAACAGAAAGCCGCUCAUAAACAUCAACAAAACACCAACAGCGUGCGGGGUUGGUUAUCGCAGUGUGCCUCGGUUAAAACCGCAACUUUGUUGAUAUUUAAGUGUAUUGUAAAAAACAAUAAUGUAAUAGAUGUUACUUUGUUCUUUUGUUCAAUUCGUCCACUAUCUGUGCACGUGGCCGGAAUGUCGAAACGUUCCGGGCACUUUCAGCUGAAGCAACCGUUGGCCUGCAAAAAGCCGAAACUCGAUAUCGAAAUCAUUCCCAGUCAGCAGUACCAACCCAGCACUUCCAAACCAAAUAAUGCACCGAAUGGUGCGGUUAAAAGCUCGGUAGAAAAUCUCUGGGACGAUGACGACGAUGACAUUAUCGUGCUCGCAUCACAGGCAGCGGAAGCGUUUGAGGCUGACAUUACGUUUGGAAGGUUUAGCCGAAGUGUAAAAUCCAGCACGCAGCAAACGGCGGAAAUCGUCACGACAGCGCACCUAGGCACCCAGAGGCCUUCUAAAGUACCGGAUAAGCUGGUGGCGGAGUUGUUUGCAGACGGGGAGGAUGAUUUGUUUUCGGAAAAGUUGGAUGACAAUUACCGCAACUUUGAUAACGCGAUCAACGACUACUUCAACAACAAUGAUGAUGAUUUCAAUCUGGAUGAGUUUCGUCAGCAGGAACAGUCCCCGUUGGUUGGUGGUAGACACGAGCCUGUUCCCAAGCUGCUCAAGAUUGAGGAGGAAUUUAAAACACCCGCACCGGUAGUGAAAGUGAAUUUGAACGAAAAGCCUUCAACUUCCAUUAAGCAAGCAACCCAUUCCAGCACGCGGCUAGGGAUGAUAUUUAGGCCGAAAACAUCAAGUACACAAUCGUCCAAAUUUGUGGCACCCGCAUCACAGCAAAGCACCGUGCCAGCAGUAGUGCCAAAACCCGAACAAGAUGUGAAAGAAUCGAGCACUCAAAAGCAAGAGCAAGCAAAAGACAUACAGGUAAAGUUUCUCACCAAACACGUAGAGCAGCUGGCAAAGAAGCUGGACAUCCUGCAGAAGGAUUGUAACGAAGCGGUCGAAAAGGUACAGGUGAAGGAUGGCGAGGUGUCGAUGUUACGGUACGAGCUGAAGAUGGUGAAAACCACCAACGAGCAGCUGCGGCUGGAGAAGAUCCGCGAAAAGGAAACGAUCCAGAGGGAAUGGAUCGAAAAGAUGAGAAAUCUCGAGAAAACUAUCUCAGCGCAAAAGGUGGAAAAUGAGUUUAAGGAGAUGGAAAUAAUGAAUCUGAAAACGAAGCGUUUAAACGCUACGGUGCGUGGCAGUGAGACGCGAGAUGGUGAUGAAGCUGCGACAACGUCCAAACGGCCCGAAUCUACCGUUGUUAGCGAGGAUAGCUUCAUUCUGUCCAGUAUGAUGCCGAAUCUAUCUCUCGCGGAAUCAGUCGAUCGGCACGAAACGCUUCAUUUCGAUCCGCAGCUGUUUAUCAAUCCAACCGACAGUUCUGCGCACGGACGUAAACUUCGCAAAUAUUCCAGAAUCACACGUAACGAGUUUGCGAUCGCCGAUCAACUCGUACUGUUACAGACGUGCCUUUCCCAGCUGCUAAGCAACGUUGCUAUCAAUGGUGGAGGAUCGGACACGAUCCAGCUAACCAGCGAUAUGUUUCCCUCCGUAGCGAUCGCGACGGAGAAAGGUUUGAACGAGAUCGUGCUGUACUGUCAGCGGUUGGGACAGCAGAAGGAAGCCGAACUGAAGGCUAGUGGGACGAACCGUUCCAGUGAGCGUAGCGUACAAGGGCGUCCAAGGAGCAAAAUGGAACUCACCUCACCGGUGAACAUUUUCCAGCAAGAGAAACUAUUCGUUGGCGAACAGGCGAUCGUUAUAAGAAGGUUUCUAGCACUGGUCGGGCUGUAUUGCAGAAUUUCAAACGAGCUGGUAGUGGAAAAACUGCUAAAAAACGGUCUCGUAUCACGACUAGCGAAUGAUAUUAAACAAAUCAGCGAUGCUAGCUUCUUGAUCGCGCUGCACGGAAUGAUUACGGGUGCGGCUGCCCUGCUGAACGGGAUUACCUUCCGCUCUAGGCGGAUAAAACUUUACGCUGACCACGGUGCGCAGCUGAUCGAGCUGUUUCGCUCGAUCGUACUGUGCCAAACCGAUGCACCAUCGUCGCUGGUAGAGUUGUCCGACUUUCUGCGCCAUUUGUCCAAGAUCACGGACGGCAGUGUGAACCAGCUGCUCAAUCGUCUCUGCAUCAGCCAUCAACCCGUCGUGCAUGUGCCGGCGCGAAAGCAGUAUCGGUUAAAAUCGAUCAGUUUUUCACAGGAAACCUGCACGCUGCAGAUGUACGCGGCAUUGUUGGAGAGUUCCGUUCGGCACCACGUACCGUACGAAGGUUGGCAGCUAAACCCGCUGCUGAAGAACACGGAAAAUACGAUACAUUUACUGCGCAACGUGUUACUGCAACCGGUUGGGUGGAUAAAAUCGUUUUACGAUCGUAACGAUCCAACUGGGUGCGAACUGUGCCAUAUCCGGACAGUGUCGGCAUUCGUUACGCUGUUGCAUCGUGUACUACUGUGCUGGAUUCAACGCGCAGUACGAGAAGAAGAAGAUGUUAGAAGAAUCCAUCGAAUUUCACAGCACGCGGUCUUGUUGCUGUACGAUCUGUUCCAAACGGCAUAUCAUAAAAAGUUGCUACGACUCGGUGGUCACACGGUUCGGUACCGUCUCAGGGUAGUGUACAAAUGGUUAAAGAUGUACGAGAAAGAUUUUAAUUUCCGUCCCGUUCACUGCACCACACUUGGUAUGCUGGAUAUGCGGCUCCUGAUGAGCGAUCCGCUCCGAUCGUCGCUCGAGACGGAAUGCGAAGAAUCGGAACAGGACAAGAAUGCGGGCACGAGUGAAGAUGAACGUAAAGUUGAGAGCAAAAAAAUAGUGGAUGAAUGCUUUACCGACUUCUUCACUACCUACCAUCGUAAUAAUGCUACCCAUUUAGAAUAGAGGCCCCUUGUUGGGAUGGUUUACUUUG